AUGUCCAAAUCAAAUACUGACAUCGAGAAACGAAUUUCCGAUGCCUUACGCGCGUACUAUGAUCUUGGCGACCCAAAAAUGGCGCCCCUUGCCCGGGAAUUUGACGUUCCAUACCAGCGGUUGAGGGCGCGCUAUCGGGGCCGUCCAAGUCGUUCAGCGAAAAUUCCAUCAAAUAAAGCACUUGAUAAAGGUCAAGAGGAGGCACUAAUUGCCUGGAUGCGUGUCAUUGACCGUGCGAAUCUCUCACCUCUCCCCUACGAGAUCGAAGGCGCUGCAAAUGACAUUUUGUCACGAAGUUGUUCCGACCGACGCGUUAGCAAAAGUUGGGUACAUCCUUUUAUGAAACGCCUCCCCGAAACCUUCAAAUUCCAAACCCAAAAAACCGUGGAAGCGAAGAGAGUAGACGCUGAGAGAUUACCGACAAUAAUUGAGUGGUUUCACAAAUUGGGUAGUGAGAUAGAAACCCUUAAAGUCGGACCGAGCUAUAUCUACAACGUCGACGAAACAGGCUUCCAACUCGGUCAAGGACAAUCCCAGAAAGUUGUGACUGAGUUUCCAGAUAGUAAAAAGCAUGUCCCACCUGGUGGCAUAGGGGAGACGGUGACAGCAAUCGAAUGUAUCGCAGCAGACGGUUGGAUAAUGCCUCCAAUGAUUUUAUUUGCUGGCACAGUUCACCUUGAGAAUUGGUAUCGAGACCGAAUAGAUUUACCAGAUGACUAUGCCAUUGCGACAUCGCCAACGGGCUGGAAUAAUGAGGUCCGCGCAUAUCAAUGA